CGACGUUCCUAAACUCACGUGCUCGUUCUCUUCCUUGAAGGCGGUGUCUUCUAGCUGCCGGUGAGGAGGAGUGUUGUUGUUUGUGGGGAAAGUACCUAAAAAGUGCAAAAACUAGUAUUCUACAAUGGGAACCCGAGAUGAUGAAUAUGACUAUUUGUUCAAAGUCGUACUAAUCGGAGACUCUGGCGUGGGGAAGAGUAACCUGCUGUCCCGCUUCACAAGAAAUGAGUUCAACCUGGAGAGCAAGAGCACCAUUGGGGUGGAGUUCGCCACCCGCAGUAUCCAGGUGGACGGCAAGACGAUAAAGGCUCAAAUUUGGGACACAGCUGGACAGGAACGCUACAGAGCAAUCACCUCAGCGUACUACCGGGGUGCAGUUGGAGCUCUCCUGGUUUACGACAUUGCCAAGCACCUGACAUACGAAAACGUUGAGCGCUGGCUGAAGGAGCUGAGGGACCACGCUGACAACAACAUCGUCAUCAUGCAGGUCGGAAAUAAGAGCGACCUGCGCCACCUCAGGGCGGUGCCCACUGAUGAGGCUCGAGCCUUCGCAGAAAAGAACGCUAUCUCAUUCAUUGAAACCUCCGCCUUGGACUCCACUAAUGUGGAAGAAGCCUUUAAGAGCAUUCUCACAGAAAUCUACCGUAUUGUAUCUCAGAAGCAAAUAUCGGACAGAUCUGGAAAUGAUGAGUCUCCAGGCAACAAUGUAGUAGACAUAAGCCUCCCCCCAACCACAGACGGGCAGAGGGGCAACAAACUCCCUUGCUGCCAAAGCCUGUGACGCUCUUAUCUUCUUUUCCUGUCUGACUCUCUGUCGGUCUUUCCUCUCUUCACCUCUGGUUUACUUCAGAUGUCAUGCUGCUGUCAUCAUAAUACCCUCACGGGUAUUUGACAUUACUUUUUUGCUGGUUUCUUCUUGUUUGUUUGUUUCUUCCUCUGGAUUCAGAAGAACCUGUCUGCAAUCAUUUACAGCCUCAUAAUAACCUGGAGAAGGAGAGAGAGUAAAGCUCUUAUGAUGUUGAUCUUGAAGCUAACUUCUUUCUUCUUUUUAAUUAACUAGCCUUUAUGGUCCUAUUGACCUGCUCCUGUAGAAGGAGUGGUGAGGGAUCAGUAGACCUGUGUAUCACUGCUUCAAGUGGUUUCUACUUGCUUCCUUUCCUCGGCUUUCAAUGAUACAGACUUUUGCCACGAUCUGCUACAGUGGAAUCCCAAUUUGAUGUCUGGUUGACCUGAUUCUGCCUAUCAUGCAAUACGGGUGUAGAAGAGGAGACACUAAUGCGGUACCACUGGAGUAUCGAUGUGUACUCUGUCUGGAGUUUCUAUUUGCCUCUUUAGUUUUCCUCUUUGAGCCAUGUGCCCACCGUGGCAUGAUAUUAGCAUGAGCCAGGGAACAGACUGGCUGUGACUGUCUGACUUAAUAUGGGCAAGUGUGAAACAAAUUAAGUGUUUUUAUUUGUGUGGGUGAGUGUGUGUGUGUGUGUGUGCGUGUGUGUGUGUUAAUCUCAAAGAUACCAAAGGAGAUGGAUGCAAUUGUUAUCAGUUUUGGGUUUUCUCAUUUAAGCGUGUUCAAAGCUGCUGAGGUUGCAUUUCAUUGCUGUAUUUGGUGAACCAAUCCAGGCUAUUUUCAAAACAAUGUAUAAUGCUAAAUGGCAAAAAGUAAUGUUAUAAAUUGUGGUGUAUGAUUUAUUAUUAUUAUUAUUAUUAUUAUUAUUGAUAUUGUGUAAUGAUAGUAUCAGCCUGGAUCAAGCCUUGUGUUCCUCACUUUUUAAACAGGCUGUCUCAAAAUGAAAAUGUCUUUUGCACUUAUUGCCAAUCAUUUCAGUGGAACAAAUCACCAUAUAUUUUUAAAAUACACUCAACAUCUUUAUCGGGUAACAUUUUCCUGUUGGUUGUAAAGGAAAAAAAAUGCACUACAUGUGGUGUUUUUUUUUUUUUGUGUACAGCAUUUUCCUCAUGCACUUACCCUUUGCUGUCAUAUUAAUGUUAUCUGUUAAAGGGAAAUGGAUAAAGAUGUAAUCUGAAAACAUUUACAUGGAAAAUUAACUAAAAAUGUAACACACUCCAGCUAGUUAAGAAAAUGGAACUGAAAAUCAGAAAUGCAAAUUGUUAAUAUGGUUGGCUGAAAUGCCUCUCUUUUCACUCAUCUGCGAGAAAUGCUUUCAUGUGUGAUUGUUUCGAUGCAUUGUCGCGUGAUAUUUCACAUUUCUUCAAAAAUGUAAGUGGCAAACGUAAACUUGUUUUGCUACUUUUCGCAUUACACAGAAAAUACCGAAGCAUAAAUAAACCAAAUCCACAUGACCAUAUAGGAGACAGACUUAUUUUUGGAUACAUUACGCACUCAGUGUACCCAUAACUUUAUGCUGUGUUCAUCACUAUUGUUUAGCAACUUAGGUGUCACCUACCUUUUGUAAAUCUACACAUAUGAUGGUUAGGUGCUCAAAGUUUUAGUAGUAGUAGUUUCACAGCAUCUAAUCGGCAGGCUCCCUAAAAUAUUGGAUAUUUGGUUUUAGAAAUUUUUUUUUUAGAAAUUCAUCCUUAUUCAAACAAAUCUUGUCAUUGUGAAUGCAUUUUAGCACUACAUGAAAGAAAUAUGUAAAAUGUUUAAAAAA